UUUUUUCCCUUUGCCGGAGUCGAGCGGGUGCUGCUAGCGGAGGCGCCAUAUUGGAAGGGACAAAACUCCGGCGACAAGGAGUGACACAAAUAAACCCCUGGACCCGUUCGUCCCCGCAGCAGUCAGGGCCGCGAUGUUGUACCUAGAGGACUAUUUGGAAAAUGCAAUGGAUCAACUAGAACAAAGAGUCAGUGAAUUCUUUAUGAAUGCAAAGAAGAACAAACCUGAGUGGCGAGAAGAGCAGAUGGCAUCCAUCAAAAAAGACUACUAUAAGGCUUUGGAAGAUGCGGAUGAGAAAGUACAGUUGGCAAACCAAAUAUAUGAUUUGGUAGAUCGGCACUUGAGAAAACUGGAUCAGGAACUGGCUAAGUUUAAAAUGGAGCUGGAAGCUGAUAAUGCUGGGAUUACAGAAAUAUUAGAGAGGCGAUCUUUGGAAUUAGAUACUCCUUCUCAGCCAGUGAACAAUCACCACGCUCAUUCACACACUCCUGUGGAAAAAAGGAAAUAUAAUCCAACUUCUCACCAUACAGCAACAGAUCACAUCCCCGAAAAGAAGUUCAAAUCUGAAGCUCUCCUGUCCACCCUCACGUCUGAUGCUUCUAAGGAGAGCACACUGGGUUGCCGAAAUAAUAAUUCCACAGCUUCCUCCAACAAUGCUUACAAUGUGAAUUCAUCCCAACCCCUGGCAUCCUAUAACAUUGGUUCAUUAUCUUCAGGGACUGGUGCAGGGGCAAUCACCAUGGCAGCAGCUCAAGCAGUGCAAGCAACAGCACAGAUGAAAGAAGGACGAAGAACAUCAAGUUUAAAAGCCAGUUAUGAAGUGUUUAAGAAUAAUGACUUUCAGCUGGGAAAGGAAUUUUCAAUGCCCAGAGAAACAGCUGGCUAUUCCUCCUCAUCGGCACUCAUGACAACCUUAACCCAGAAUGCCAGUUCCUCAGCAGCUGACUCGAGAAGUGGCAGGAAGAGCAAAAACAACACCAAGUCUUCAAGCCAGCAGUCAUCUUCCUCCUCUUCCUCUUCUUCCUUAUCUUUAUGUUCGUCAUCUUCAACUGUAGUACAAGAAGUCUCCCAGCAAGCAACAGUAGUGCCCGAAUCUGAUUCCAACAGUCAAGUUGACUGGACCUAUGACCCAAAUGAACCUCGGUACUGCAUCUGCAAUCAGGUAUCCUAUGGUGAGAUGGUGGGAUGUGAUAACCAAGAUUGUCCAAUAGAGUGGUUCCACUAUGGGUGUGUUGGCUUGACAGAAGCGCCGAAAGGGAAGUGGUACUGCCCACAGUGCACCGCUGCCAUGAAGAGAAGAGGCAGUCGGCACAAAUAGAGUGCUUCCCGGAGGAAGGAAAAACUGCAGCUUGGCAUUUUAUUCAGGACUCUAGAAAGAAAGACACGAGAAAGAAGAAACAACUCAUUUCCAGGCAACCACUUAAAGGAUUUACAUAGACAAUCCUAUAAGAUCUUGAACUUGAAUUUUAUGAGUUGUAUUUUAAUAAUGUAAGUAAAUUAUUUAUGCACUCCUGGUGUGCUAUGAAUAUUAUUCCAGUUAGCCUUGGAUUAUUUCUGUGGCCAACAUAUGCAGACAUUUGUACUCCUCAACCAUUUUCUCAAAGUAAUGGGCAUUCUAUAAUUUAGACUUCAAAGAAUUCCAACGAUGAAGAUUUUAAGAAAGUAUUUUAUAUUCAACAGGUAUAUUCUGCUGCAUGUACUGUACUCCAGAGCUGUUAUGUUACACUGUAUAUAAAUGGUUGCAAAAAAAAAAAAAACAAAAAAACAAAAAAACAAAAAAAAA